AUGGAGAAUAUUGAUGGUUUACUCUACCGCAAGGAAACAGCCAAAGCCUUGCUUGAACGCCUUGCUUCUAUGCCUCUGGAUAAUGUCAAUCCCAAUGAAGUCAUCUCUGCCACAUUUUUCGCCUAUUUAUUCGAUGAAGACUUCAGCCAUGCCCAGGCGGUGUUUACCGGGCUGAAGCCGGCAGACUUGGUUUCUAAGCCGGGAUUAGCUGCAGCAGGUAUUUUACUGCUCGUGGUUCUGGCUGAGUCAGCCACCACGAGCUGGGAUAGUACAAAGCUUUUGUGUGAGGCAACAGCCUAUGCUACCGAGCUCUACGUGCGUGAUUCAAGUUGCAGUACGUUUGAACAUCUUCAUGACUCUAUGGUCUUAUUCGGUUCGGGAGCUAUUUCCCUGUUUAUAGCUGAGCUCGACAAACUGUCUGAGGCUCACUCAGUGGAGCUAGCACCGCUCCUUCCUGCUCUUCAGGAAUGCACUAAUGAUAGAGGUAGACGAGCGCUGAGCCUCCUGCGCUCUGCAAAGGGUCAGGUUGAGGAGCCAUUUAUGCGAAAGCUUGCCGAAUUGAGGGGGCUGGAUGCAUCCCAUGGGAAAAUAGUGUAA